AUGGCGGCACCAGCCGUAGUUGUUGAGAGGGCUUACAAGUAUUAUGGCAAACAGGACAAGCCCAGCUUCAAACCAGUCCUGCAGCACUUGGACAUGACCGUGGAAAAAGGAAUUAUAUAUGGCCUUCUUGGACCCUCUGGCUGUGGAAAAACAACGCUUCUCUCAUGCAUAGUCGGAAGACGAAAGUUGGACAGUGGUGAAGUUUGGGUGCUUGGAGGAAGACCAGGGGAGAAAGGCAGUGGAGUUCCAGGGCCCCGAGUGGGAUACAUGCCACAGGAUAUCGCUCUUGUAGCGGAGUUUUCAGUACGAGAUGCUGUAUACUACUUCGGUAGGAUCUAUGGGAUGAAGCCUAAGAAACUCCAAGAACAGUUUGAAUUUCUGACCAGAUUGCUAGAGCUUCCAAAAGGCGGUAGACUCAUUAAGUCACUUUCCGGAGGACAGCAACGACGGGUCUCAUUGGCCGCUGCACUGGUCCACGAGCCUGAACUUCUCAUUUUGGAUGAGCCUACAGUUGGACUGGAUCCAGUCUUAAGAGAACGAAUCUGGGAAUUUCUGGCUGAGCUCGCGAGAGGUGGUACAACAGUGAUCAUCACUACUCACUACAUUGAUGAAACGAAACAAGCGCAUAAGAUUGGUCUUCUACGAGAUGGUCAGCUACUAGAUGAAGAUUCUCCCGAGGAGAUUCUCCGAAGAUACAAUUGCAAUACUCUUGAAGAUGCCUUCCUAAAGAUGGCGAUGCGACAAACUGAAAUGAAACAUCGAAGACGACCAACUCUCACAGCUUCUCCAGAUGUUAUACCUGAGAGCAGCAUAGUAAAUGACAGUCGAUACCAAUCAAGAGAAGAGUUUAAUGUAGUAACUAGUAGUACCGACGUUCUAACUAAAAAAGAGAAGCCACAGCACAUACCGAGCAGUUCCAAAGGCAGAUACAAAGCAGUGUUUAUUAAGAGUAUACAACAGUUUUCACGGCAUCCUGGGGGUCUAAUAUUCUCGGUGCUAUUCCCCAUCAUCCAAGUUGUUGCGUUCUUCCUGGCCGUGGGUCAUGACCCUCGUGACCUACACGUUGCUGUCGUCAAUUAUGAAGCUGCUACGUCACCAUUGGGUUUGGAUGUAUGUAAGAAUGGAAGUCUAACAACUGUGAUACAAAGGGAAGACGAGACAUGCGAACAAUAUAUGCUAAGCUGCUGGUUUUUAGAGGAAAUGGAAAAACGAAAAUUGUAUCCUACGACAUAUAACUCGACCGAAGAAGCAAAACAAGCUGUAGCGACUCGCAAGCUGUAUGGCGCGAUCCGUUUCCCUGCCAACUUCAGCUUAGCGCUUGGAAUACGAGCUGCUGAAGGCUUCGUGGGAGACAGCAUCCUCAACGACAGUACUAUCAGCGUUUGGCUCGAUAUGACCGAUCAUCAAAUAUCACAUUUCAUAAAAAUGCAACUCCACAAAGCUUAUGAACAAUUCGCUCGUCGAACCAUGGCUGCUUGCGGAAAGAAUGAGGACCUCGUGCAGAUUCCAGUGAGAUUUGAAGAACCCAUUUACGGGUCGAUGAAUACUGAGGUGGUUGCUUAUAUGGCUCCAGGGGUUAUGGUCACUAUAAUCUUCUUUCUGGCUGCGAUAAUUACGUCAACUCUUAUGAUCUCCGAUCGUCUUGAGGGCGUGUGGGAGCGAAGUGCGGUGGCCGGAGUGCGACCUAAGGAGAUGUUGCAUGUUCAUAUAACUUUACAGAGCUUGGUCAUUCUUGUACAGACAUUCGAGAUGAUGAUUGUAGCGUUUAUGGGCUACAAGCUGCCGUUUAACGGCUCUUUAUGGACCUGUGGCGCGCUGCUUUUCCUUCAGGGCCUCGGAGGAAUGUGCUAUGGCUUCCUAUUGUCUGUAUUAUGCUCGAGCUUUACUGUCUCUUUCUUUAUAGCAACUGGCAGCUUCUAUCCAAUGAUAUUGCUCUGCGGUAUUCUCUGGCCUCUGGAGGGUAUGCCAGAAGCGCUACGCCUCUUCUCUUUGGCGCUGCCGUUCACUCUGCCUUCAAUAUCCUUACGAGAUAUGAUGGAAAAAGGGUCAUCUAUCACCAGCCCAAGUGUUUACACCGGAUUUUUGAUAACUUUAGCGUGGAUUGUCGGUACUUUAGCGUUAUGUUUUCUGAGACUAAGGUAUAACUAUGAGCUCAAAGCUCACGGGUAG